AUGUUAAUCCAUCAAUCAACCAAAUUUAUAAACAUUUCCUCAGUUAGAUUUUUAUCUACUACUUUACCUAAAGCAGUCAGUCUUGCCCGUCCUACUUCCCCUGAGUCGGCAAAAAGUACACCAUAUGAUAGUUCACAACAUCAAAAUAAAGAAGAAAAUUCAUUCCCUCUUUCACCAAAUUUCGGAAAAAAUCAACAUUUACCUAUUGAUGAUGAAUUUAAAGAAAGUUUAAAAAAAAUAUUAUUUAAUUUCAAUGCACCUAUAAGAUAUUCUUUUGCAUAUGGUAGUGGUGUGUUUCCACAAAAAGGUUAUGAAUUAGAGCCUAAACCGAUGGUGGAUUUUAUCUUUGCCGUUAGUCAUCCUCAACAUUGGCAUUCUUUAAAUUUAAAUAGACAUAGAAAUCAUUAUUCUUUUAUGGGAACACUUGGUAGCCGAGCUGUAUCAAUUUUACAAAAUGAUUUUGGAGCCGGUAUUUAUUUUAAUCCACAGGUGAAAAUGAAUGGAACGGAAAUUAAAUAUGGAGUAAUUUCAGUUGAUAAAUUAUGUAAGGAUCUCAUAGAUUGGGAAACACUUUAUGUUGCAGGAAGAAUGCACAAACCUGUAAAAAUAUUACAAGAUGAUGCACGUGUUCGUUUAUCUCAACAAGUAAAUUUGGCAAAUGCUUUGAGAACGGCUUUACUUAUGCUUCCAAAAGAUUUUUCGGAGGAACAACUUUACUCAACAAUUGCGGGAAUUUCUUAUGAAGGUGAUUUUCGUAAAUUUAUUGGAGAGAAUCCACAUAAAAUAAAAAACAUAGUUUCAAAACAGGCACAUACUUUUAAGAUAUUAUAUGAACCAUUGAUUGAAGGGUUUCCAAAUGUUUCAUUUGUAAACAAUGGUAAACUUCAGCAAGACGAUAAUCCCAAAGCUCGUGCACAUUUAUUGAGCAAGUUACCAAGAGUAUUAAGAAAUAAAAUCCGAGAACAAUAUGGAUUUCAUUUGAUUAGAAAAGGACAAACUUUACCAUCAGAUGAGAAGGAAGUUUACAGGGGUAUAGCAUCCUCAGAUGAAUAUGUGAAAUUUGUCAAGACUGGAUUGCGUGAAAUAAUUUUUCGACCAGCAGUUGUUCAAAGUAUUAAAGGUAUAUUAACAGCAGGAGUUAUUAAGAGUAGUAAAUAUACUGCAAAUAAAUUAGGAAAAUGGAUAUCGAGACCACAAUGA